AGGCGACAAUAAAAGAAACUCGCCCGUCCCGUUGUUUGUCACGGGUGACCCCCACAGGUGGGUUGUACUGUUUUCCACGUGACAUCUGAUCGAUCGAUAAACUCUGUGACUGGGUGUCGGGUGAUUUUGUCCUUACCGUCAAUAAUUAAGUCCAUACAGGAGUUGAGAGGCUCUAACACGUCCACAAUACCACUCGGAUAGUACUUGCUCCGGAAGCAGUGAGACCAUUUACUCGGUUGUUUGUCAGCGAUAGCUAGUCGGUAGAACAAGCUGGACAUGGGACAAUAGCCGAGGGGAUCAGCCUUUGUUGAGGCACUACGCAAUGAAUGUUGCGCAACGUCGAACUCCGAUACGCCCUACGAGGAAAUCUUUACUUGGAUUUGCAUGUAGCCAAAGGCGAUGCGGUCCUUUGUUGUGCCAUUAUGUGUGAUCUAAUGGAAUGUUUCUUGACUUCAAAAAAGACUUUUUAAGUCCAUGAUUUUGGGGAACAUUUGUGUAAUGACCAACGAAUUUCCUGAAGGUGAUUCAGUGUGAAUGUUCGAUCUUCGACAGACACUUGGACGUGCAGAUGAACGUUUAAAUUGAAGGCAAUGUAUUGACCCAGAAGGAGAUGGACCAUGCGCCAAGAAGGUAGUGUUCCCUGGGAAGAUACAGAUAAUAAAUCAGUCAAGUCUCUGUCACAACUAACGACAUUUUGGGUAUAUGGUAGCAGAAUUCUAAAACCGUUUUCAGAUUAGUUUUCAGUUUGAAACACGGGUCCGUCCAAAUAUAUUGCUAUUCCUUGUUCCUUUGGCAUCUGCGACAACCCAGACACGUAACCUACCCCGUCUUGAUACCCUAGUUGCAGGCACUGACGGGAAUGGUGAUGACGUUUACGAAAUUGGAAAUAUGAAUUAUCGAUGAUAUAACUGUGGUAGAUCAAUCUUGACGGUGUUCAGCCCGCCUUUCGAUACAUUGUUCCCAUGUCACGGUUGCAUCUGUCAACGGGCACGGCAUCUAACCAAGUGAUACACCUCAACGGUAGCUGUUGUCAUUCAGUAUUUUGGUCAUUCCAAACGUAACUAUCGAUUGUCGUACAGUAAGACUGUACACAGUACGUGCAAUCACCUUCAGCUCACAUGUGUACAUGUCAAACUGGAUUACAAGGUAAUCAGGGGUAGAACCUCAUGAUAAACUUCGUGUGUGACUCAUUCGUAUAUAGUUCUGUUGUUAACUUAAGUUUGUAAAUUCAGUAAACACAUGUCACCUAGCCUGAUUUAAAAUUCCAAGUUUUGAGCUCAUCAGAUCAGUGCUGUGAUUUCAUUCCCUAAACUAUUUGGCACUUAAUGGUCGAUGGUCGGACGGUAAAUGGAAAAGGUGUUAAUAUCAGUGUUCACUAAGUAGCCGAAACAAUAUUCUCAGUGAAUUAUAUUAAAUAUUGUCCAGAAACAGGAAGCCACAGGUGACAUCUGGCAUUUUACCGUGAAACUGACAUCGCCACGCUGACCUGAUGGAGGAUCUCCAUGCUAGAUUGGAGCACGAGUGUGAAAUGUACAUAUCCUGAAAUGUACACGGGGAAAACGUGUGUCCGUGAAAUAUACAGCACCGUGGGAUAUUGACAGCUGAACGAGAUACUUCUUUCAUUAAAGAGACCAUGAGUGGAAUAUUGUUUUUUUUGUUAGGAAAUCGUGUUCACUCACGAUGUAAUAGAAUGGAUAUGUGUCACAGGUGGAAUUGCCAACUGGCCAUGGAUUCUAUCGAGGUUAUUUUACGUCGCAAUAUAAUGAGUGUCGAAACUUCAUGAAUAGAUCACUCGUAGCAAUAGCUCUCAAAAAGCAAUAAAAUAUUUUGAUCAGUGGCCUGUUAAGGUAGCAUUGUGCAAAGUUUGGUAUUUUGGCAAAACAGAACAAGCUGGCUCUGGAAGGUGUGAAUCUUUAUUUGUCAAUGUCUGUGUGGACCAGCUGUAGAAUUACCAACAGUGAUCGCAGCAUUGGAUAUAUACGAGGAUAAACAUGUUUAAUCCGGGAGAAAUAGCCAACAGAAGAAGGAGGAGAAGGGCUCGCCACAAUGAGCAGGCUGAUGGCAAUAUGCCAACCCGCUCCACCAGGGACAAGAGAGCCGCCUCCAGGCUCAACUUGGGCGGUGACAAGGGAAUUGGAGCUCACAGAUCGUUGUCAAUAUUGGAGGAAGAAUUCAUCUACGCGGCAGAGUUCGGCGAUAUUCCAACUGUGCAGCGUAUUCUGGAGGAGAAUACCAACUUGAGCGUGGACUACAGCGAUAUUCUGGGCAGGACGCCUCUCAGACUUGCUGUCGGUAACGAACAUUUAGAGGUAGUGGAACUUCUUCUCGACCGGUGCAACAACUCCAGCAUCCAUGAAGCUCUACUGCAGGCUAUCAGUGCUGGACAUGAACAGAUUGCCGAAACUAUCCUCAAACACCCAAAGUACAGGGACGUGAAGAAGGAGAACAAGAGAUUCGGAGAAACGGACUACUUUUAUAACCAAACCAGUGAAGAUUCGCCGUUUUCCUCGGACAUUACUCCGCUUAUUCUGGCGGCAGAGAGGAAUCAGUUUGAGAUCGUGCAACUGCUGUUAUUACGAGGGGAAACUAUUACUAAACCACAUCAUUAUUACUGCAACUGUCAAGAAUGUAGUAAUAAGCUACAGUUCGACCAACUUAGGUUGGCCAAGACAAGACUGAACGCUUACAAAGGCCUGGCGAGUGGCGCCUAUAUAUCUUUGUCCAGUAAAGACCCAAUUCUAACUGCAUUUGAACUGGCCAGAGAACUCAGAUCCGUCGCCAAAGUGGAAAAAUAUUAUAAGACGGAGUACCUGUCCAUGGCUGACCAGUUAAGUCAGUAUGUGGUCAAGCUCCUGGAUAAAGUCAGAGGUCACGAUGAGCUGGAGGUCCUCCUAAACAAGGUGGGAUGUGACAGUGAGGACGAAUCCUAUGAGUUGCUGUCUCGGCUUAAACUGGCCAUACGGUAUAACGAGAAGAAGUUCGUAGCGCAUCCAAGUUGCCAACAGAAGCUGGUCAGCAUCUGGUACUCGGACCUGCGGACUCUUGAGCGAGCCAACUGGUUCCUCCGGGGGAUCAUCGUUUUGUGCAUUACUGUAUUUUAUCCUGUCCUAGCAAUACUCUACUGGUUCGCCCCCAAAACACGGGUUGGCCACUUUCUCAAGUCUCCGUGUGUAAAGUUCAUUGGACAGACGAUGUCGUUCGUGACGUUUCUGACUAUGAUCCUAAUCUCCACAGCAUCGGAACGUCCGUCGACACACAAGAAAAUCUCUGCAUUCGCAGAAGUACAUAGUCAUUACAGGAAAUAUUUAAACAACAGCCAAGGAUGGCCUGAGAAUUUUGUGCUGCGUACAUUUGAGCCUGAGAUUAUUCAUUUAUUGAUGACAACUUGGAUCAUAGGUAUGUUAUGGCAGGAGGUAAAGCAGGUGUACAAUGACGGCUUCACUGAAUACUUUGACUCCCUCUACAACUACCUUGACACAGCCGUCCUCACUCUCUAUGUCACGUCUUUCGGCCUUAGGUUUGUCAGUAUGUUCAAGGUGCGCUAUUCCUUAAUUUUCUUUGCGAAAGACGAGUCAUGGAAAAGCAUAUUAGCAGGCAGUGAGGUGGCACGACUGCAGAUGUACUGGUUGAUUGCAGAUCGGUUCUACUGGGACAGUUGGGACCCGUACAACGUCGCCGAAGCCUCGUUCGCAGUCGCCAACGUCAUCAGUUUUACUCGUGUUUCCUAUGUUCUUCCAGCCAACGAGCUGUUUGGGCCUAUGCAGAUAUCCCUAGCGAAAAUGAUUACAGACAUUCUGAAAUUCGCCGUGAUCUUCCUGGUGUUAUUUAUCGCCUUCAUGGUUGGCCUCCACAACCUGUACUGGUACUACCCCGCCAGUACCCGGGGGAUGGUGGAGAUGUCCCAGCACAACAUCACCACGACGGCGGAAAAAUAUUUUGGCAUACCGGACAUAACGUUUCGGACCGUCUUCUGGUCAAUGUUGGGUCGAGGGGAGCACACGUCGGUGGAACUGGGGGACUUCAACAAUUACUUCACCCAGAACGUUGGAUACUGGAUCUUUGGGGCCUACAAUGUCGCCAUUGUCAUCGUCCUCCUCAACAUGCUUAUUGCCAUGAUGACCCGGUCAUUUGAGAUUAUUCAGGCUCAGGCCGACACGGAGUGGAAAUUCGCCCGCAGCAAGUUAUACAUGGAGUACAUCAAAGACGACUCCACCCUCCCCGUGCCCUUCAACGUCGUCCCCACCCCCAAGUGUGCCUACUACGCCGCCAGGUUCGUCUUCAGACUGUUCUGCUGUAGCAAGGACGACCCCCCUCCUGUUCACCAUCCCGGCCGCAUCAAAGACAUCGAGAUGUUCGCACAGGUCGGUGCCGCUGUGGAUCCUCCCCCAACAGACUGGCAAAAUGGCGGCACUAUGCGGAAUCCGGGCAUCCAGCACUUCCGGGAACGUAUGGCAACCACUAAUGGGUUUGUGCGGAACGAUUCCGACCCCAAUAUAUUCAGUGAAAAUCUCACAUAUAAGCGCAUGAUGAAAAGGAUUGUCAAACGCUACAUCUUCGACACACAGCGCGAAUCGGACAGUGCGGAAGGUACAUGCGACUUCGAUGAAUUGAAGCAAGAUAUAUCCAGUUUCCGCUAUGAGAUGUUAAAUCAUCUGUCUGUCCGAAACCGGGAGUCGACCGACACCGGCAACGCACUUGACAAGUUGAAUGACAAGAUCGAUCGACUGGCACAGCAACAGGAAGUACUCUUGCGCCGAAUUCUAAGAACAACGUCGGUUGACUCGAGUUUGAACUUGGACGUUGACUCGGGUGACCGAGUGAAGUUGUUGAACCAGGUGUCUCUUGAAAGCGCGAGCUAUGACGUCACAGGUGACAGUGCGGAAGGAACAACAGAGAAAGCAUUACGUAAGCGGUCUGCGAGACUGAGACGAAUUCCCGAGGAAUCAAAAGAGGCGAAGAGUGAUAAAGCCAAAUCGGAACGGGUUAGCUUCUCCAGAAACGUUGACGGAGGGAGUGUCACUGAAAAGUUUUCCCAUCCUUUGGCUGAUAGCGUUCCAGUUUCACAAAUGGAUACCACGUCAGCAGAUGAUGAAUCGUCAUCAGAAGAUGUGUCUGACACAGACACCAGAACGAGGCAGUUAUCAGUUGACAUGUCAAAGGUUGAAGUGCAGGUCACGUGUCCACGUGCACCAAUCGCCACAGAGGAUGAUGACGACCGUCUUUGAGAUAUUUAAUAAUCAAUAGAGAAAGUCAAAAUCGAAACGAAAUAAAUUAUAAAGUGCCUGAAUAUGCCAAAAGAACAGAUGAUAUGCAACUAUGAUUUGUGAUUUAUGAUUUAUAUUUUUUUUCUAGAUCAUGAAAUUAAUAAUUUGUUUCUAAAUUAAGAAAAUGGUUUCAUUUAUAGCACAGUUGUUAAAGCUGAGUUUCUUCACCAACGUUUUUUAGUCGGUUAUAGGAAGUUUAGGAAAAAAUUAAGUUUGAGCGUUAUGAACGAGGAUAUGAGUGUGCAAGAUUACAAUUGUCCGAACACUCGUCACCCACAGCUGUGAUGAUUCUGUGUGAUACGACGUUUUGUUGUGAUUAAUAUAUUUGGUUCGUUGUGAACCAGAAAUAAAAGUUGUUGAAUAUUGAA